AUGGAACCAGUGGACAACAACAUUUUCGAAGUGAAGCCUAAUUCUAAAACUAAGAGGAAGAGAAUCAUACCGCAGUCCAAUGUUUUUUCGAAUCCGGCAUUAGACCUUCUGGCAAACGAAGAUCCCAUGUGCAACAACGCGAUGGAAAUUACAUCAAAUAAACGACGGAAGAGGACCAGAAGUUGUGAAAUUGUUGCAUUUGAAAACUCUGCUUUAGACUUAGGAAUAAGCAGAUCAGCAGUUAAUGAUUUUUUAAUUAGAGAAUUAGAUAACGUACGUAAAAAUGUCAGAGCAUAUGCAAGCCCGGUAAAAUUAAGCAGCAGUUGCACUUCCGUACCAAACACUAAUAUUAAUGAACCAUUGUAUGCUAAUUUGACAGAAGUUUCAAAUAUACACCAUAACCAAGCUAAUGCCUUGACUCCAGAUAUCUCCAGUGAAGAUAGUACUACGGAUAUUCAAAACAGUUUAGAACAUACGGGCUUAAAUAAUAUUAAUGAAUUGGAUUCUGGUAUUUCAAUACUAGAACAAAAAUCUUUAAAUACAGCCAUUACUACAGAUCUGGACACAGAUUUAUCUGCCAUUAACAACAUAUCUAAUAUUCAGAGCAACGUGACAAACGAAAUAUUCAUUAGUAAUACUAGCAGUUUGAACUUAAGCUUUAUUGAUAGACUUGCAUUGGAAUCGCCUUGCGUUUCUAACCAAUCACUUUAUUUAGAUGACGAUUUAAACGAAAGUAACAUUAUGGAGAUUAAAACAAUAACGAUUGUUACUAAAAAGAAACGUAUACCUCAAAAAAUAUCUACGAAUCCUUUCUUAAAUUCCAAUUUAGAACCAAGAGUGGUAGUCAGUGAAAAUCCAUUCACAUCUGUUGAUGAAUCCAAAACAGAAUUAGAGUACAACAUGGAAGCUAUUAGUAGACCAAUAACAAAUCAGGUAGCGCCGGUAAAGCAUUUAUUGCCACGAAUAUUAUUCGCCGGCGAUACGAACAGUACUAUAUCCACUGUUAACGAAUCGUCUAUAAAUAUCGAUAACCACGAUUAUGAAAAUAUUGACAACUACAGAUGUGAAAGCCCAAUUUACGAAAAUAUCGAUGAUGACGUAACCAACGAUGGUUCCGGUAGUUUUAAUAAACAAAGCAAAAUUCUCGGCCAUGACGUGUCGCGGUUUAGUGCCGUAGAUAUUAUGAACUUAAACAAAAAUAGCGAAGUUAAUUUCUCAAGCGAUUCUAACUAUAGUAAGAAAGAUCUGAAGCAUCUCUUGAAAGCAAGUAACAAACUGUCUAAGAAGGUUUUAAAAACUUUAAAAAAGACUUUCAAAGGAGAGAAAGUCGAGCAUAACACUACACUUAAUCCCUACGAAGUACCACGGAAACCGCCCAAACAAAAAACUGCUGUUAAGGAAUCUGGAAUUGAAAAUCCAGCUCUUAAGCUAGAUAAUUCAGAUGAAAUAGAAAUACAGGAGAUAGAUGAUGAUGAAAAUCAAUAUGAAACCAUAAAGACAUUACGCAAUACAAGGUUAAAUAUGAAUGUAACCCCACUUAAGGAGAAAACGAAUGACACUAUAGAUCUAUCUAGUACUAAAAUCGUCACCCCAGGAAAAAAAGUGCGUUUCGAUUCCACAUUGAACCGAGAGAAAAUUAUAACUGGCGAUAGUUUUGACUGUGGUAUUCAAAGCCCGGGAUUUGAUGCAAAGAUUGAUACAUAUCAUGAUGAGUUAGAAAAUUGUAUCAAUGAGAAGAAAUUUAUACAGCAAAAUAUGUGA